AUGCCGGAGUUCAACGCGCACGGCUUCAUCCCAAAUUGGGCCGAGCUGGCGGAGGGUCAGGACACCACCCAGGCAGAGCUGGACUACAUCGCUGCCAGGGUGGCAGAGGCGGAGCUUGCCAGGGAGGCCGGGAGCGCCGGCGGCGUGGAGGACAAGGCCGCGGCGGAGGCAGAGGAAAAGGAGCUCGCCCAGUGGGCGCAGUCCGCUGGGGAAGCCAGCAGCACCGGCACCAGGGCCCCUCUCGUCGAAGAUGUGGUCGACGAGUCGUCGUCGGAGGAGGCCGAGGCUGUCCACCCUCCGGGACGCGGAGAUGCUGGCUCAGAGGGUGAACAGGGCCAGGACUUUGACAGGCGGCCAGCCCCCGGCAGGCGCUUCCGGCACACCGCUGAUCCUCCCUCGGCGGACCUAGAGGACAUACACACCGUCAUCGAGGACGUCACCAAGGCCGCUGAGGCGGAGGCCGAGAAGACCGCCGCCGAGGAGGCCGCCAAGGGUGCUGCUGAGGACACCGCCAAGGGAUCUGCCGGGAAGCCCGGAAAGGGGCCUGCUGGGGAGGCCGGCAAGUCUGCUGCCGAGGAGGAGGCCCAGGAGACGGCGAAGAACCUGGCCGCCACAGCCGAGGCCGCUCGAACCCAGCACCAGGCCACGCUGAAGUUGGAGGGUCUCGAGGGGAUGCUGUCGGAGGCCCAGGCCCGGGAGGGGACCCUAGCCAAGGACCUGGAGGCCGAGAAGCAGCUGCGGAAGAACGAGACCGCCAACCACAAGGACUUUGUGUAG